GCCACCGGCCCCAUGGACGGGGCGAACCACACACAGGUGACAGAGUUCAUGUUCCUGGGCUUCUCCCGCGUCCUGCAGGGCCAGGCCUUCGUCUUCCUGGCCUUCCUCGCCAUCUACCUCAUCACCCUGCUGGGGAACUGCCUGAUCCUCACCCUCAUCGUGCUGGAUCCCCAGCUGCACAGCCCCAUGUACUUCUUCCUCGGCCACCUCGCCUUCCUGGACAUGUGCUACUCCUCCGUCACGCUGCCCAAGAUCCUGGUCAACCUCCGGCACCAGCGGAAGACCAUUUCCUACCAGGAGUGCAUGGCACAGAUGUUCUUCCUCAUGACCUGCGGGGCCACUGAGGGUGCACUGCUGGCCAUCAUGGCCUUUGACCGGUAUGCGGCCAUCUGCAAACCCCUGCAUUAUACCCAUGUCAUGAGUAAGAAGGUGUGUGUCCCACUGGCCACAGCCUGCUGGCUCUGGGGCAUCCUGGACUCGGCCAUCCACACCUCCCUGGCCACCGACGUCUCCUUCUGUGGAGCCAACCAGAUCCACCACAUCUUCUGCGACGUCCCUCCCCUGCUGAAGAUCGCCUGCAGCGACACCUACAUCAACGAGAUGGCUCUUCAUGCUGCCAGUGUCUUUGUGGGAUUGAUCCCGUUUCUGCUCAUUCUCAUCUCGUACCUCUACAUCCUGCUGGCCAUCCUCCGCAUCCGCUCCAACACGGGCAGGCACAAAGCCUUCUCGACGUGUGCUGCACACCUGGCCGUGGUCAUCAUCUAUUUUGGGAUGGGUGACCUGAACUACAACCGGCCCAGCGCUGGCUACUCUGUGGAGGUGGACACGCUGGUCUCUGCGCUGUACUGCAUCCUUCCCCCCGUGCUUAACCCCCUCAUCUACAGCCUCCGCAACCAGGACGUGAGGGGUGCCCUGAGGAGGGCCCUGGGGCACCACGAGAAGGACAACACAUCCCCACGCACACAGCCAGGUGUGGACGUAGCUGCCACCGGCCCCAUGGACAGGGCGAACCAGACACAGGUGACAGAGUUCAUCUUCCUGGGCUUCUCCCACAUCCUGCAGGGCCAGGCCUUCCUCUUCCUGGCCUUCUUGACUGUCUACCUCAUCACGCUGCUGGGGAACUGCCUGAUCCUCACCCUCAUCGUGCUGGAUCCCCAGCUGCACAGCCCCAUGUACUUCUUCCUCGGCCACCUCGCCUUCCUGGACAUGUGUUACUCCUCCGUCACGCUGCCCAAGAUCCUCGUCAACUUUGUACGCCAGCAAGAGACCAUCUCCUACCGGGAGUGCAUGGCACAGAUGUUCUUCCUCAUAAUCUGCGCAGGAACAGAGUGUGCACUGCUGACCGUCAUGGCCUUUGACCGGUACGUGGCCAUCUGCAAACCCCUGCACUACACCCGCAUCAUGAGUAAGAAGGUGUGUGUCCCACUGGCCACGGCCUGCUGGCUCUGGGGCAUCCUGAACUCAACUAUGCACACCUCCCUGGCCACCGACGUCUCCUUCUGUGGAGCCAACCAGAUCCACCACAUCUUCUGCGACGUCCCUCCUCUGCUGAAGAUCGCCUGCAGCAACACCUACAUCAACGAGAUGGCUCUUCAUGCUGCCAGUGUCUUCGUGGGAUUAUUCCCAUUUCUGCUCGUUCUCAGCUCAUACACCUACAUCCUGCUGGCCAUCCUCCGCAUCCGCUCCAACACGGGCAGGCACAAAGCCUUCUCCACAUGUGCUGCACACCUGGUCGUGGUCAUCAUGUACUUUGGCAUGGCCAUCCUGAAUUACAACAAGCCCAGCGCUGGCUACUCAGUGCAGGUGGACACGCUGGUCUCUGCACUGUACUGCAUCCUCCCCCCCAUGCUCAACCCCCUCAUCUACAGCCUCCGCAACCAGGACGUGAAGGGCGCCCUGAGGAGGGCUCUGGGGCACCAUGAGAAGGACAAUGCAUCCCCACGCUCACAGACAGGUGUGGACUAA